AUGUCUGUGGUAAAGUCCAUCGAGCUAGUCAUGCCCAAAGAUGAGGUGUACCUGGCCGGCUCGAACAUAGACGGGCAGGUGGUCCUCACCCUCAACAGUACCCUCGUGGACCCCAUCGUGAGGGUGGAGCUGGUCGGGAGGGGUUAUGUCGAGUGGAAUGAAGAAAUCGGAGAGACUCGAGAUUAUAGCAGAGAUGUUAUUUGCAAUAAUAAGGCAGAUUACGUACACAAAACGAAGACAUUCCCAGUAAAAGAUAAUUGGUUAAGGGCAGGCAGCCACACCUUUGACUUCCAUUUCAACUUACCUCCCAGGCUUCCAUCCACCUUCAACAGCAAGAUCGGCCACGUCUCCUACUUCGUGCAGGCCUUGUGCAUGGGCCGGGAACAUAUCCUGGCCAAGAAGAGGCUGUACUUGCUGGUCCAAGGGAUUUCUGAAGCCCGCCAGCGGAACUUAAGCCAGAGCCCCCUGUCUGUGGAGGCCGAGAAGAAUGUGUCCUACAACUGCUGCAGCCAGGGCUGGGUGAGCGUGCAGGUACAGAUAAGCAAGAACACCUUCGUGCCAGGAGAGAAGGUGACGUUCACGUCGGAGAUCCGCAACAACACAGGCAAGUACAUCAAGACGGUGGUGUUCGCCCUGUACGCUCACGUGCAGUACGAGGGCUUCACGCCCAACGCAGAGAGGCGUCGGCGCGCAGACAGCAGUGAGCUGCUGCGACAGAUGGCCAACGCGCGCAUACCAGCCUUCAACAGCACCACGGUGGUCAGUGCCUUCAACCUGCCGCUGGUGUUGUCUGUGAGCAAUGACUUUCAGGAGAAUGAGAUCAUGCGGACCAGCUAUGAGCUUGUGGUCACCAUCCACCUCCCUUGGUCCUUGACGACCGUCAAAGCCCGCAUCCCCAUCAUCAUCGUCAGCACCCGGGAAGACAAGGCCUACUGCUCCACAGAAGAUGAGCCGCCAAAUGAGGAUCAGCUGGUUUGAA